GGCUCUUUGAAUGUAGCCUCAAACUCUUGUCUACAAAUGUCCAUUGCUGUAUGGCAAUGUCUACGGUGAAUUUGGUUUUUGUAUUUUCUUGAAGAACCAAUUAAAGUAAAACACAAUUUCUUGACAUUGGAUAAAAGACGUUUGAUGAUUAAGUUCAAUACAAUUUCUCGUUAAGUUUUUCAAACAAACUGAAGUGACAUUAACACACCAUGGAGCCGUACUCUUUGGUCACAGCAGACAGUGAGUCAACCGCAAAAGAAGAAGAGGCCUUAAAACAGUUCAAGGAAAAAAUUUCUGACCUAAUAACCACACAGGAUGAUUACAGCCUCAAAAAAUGGCUCAAAGCCAGAAACUAUGACAUCGCAAAAGCUGAAGCUAUGUUUAGAACAAGCAUGGCGUACAGAGAUAAGAUGAAGGUGGACACGCUGUUGACGGAGUAUGAUCCACCAGAGGUACUCAAGAAGUACAUGACGGGCGGACAGUGCGGCCAUGAUAAAGAUGGCUCCCCAAUCCGUGUGGAGCUGUUUGGUCAGCUGGACAUGAAGGGGUUAAUGUAUUCAGCCAGGAAGGUCGACAUGGAGAAGGUCAAACUGAAGCAAUGUGAAGGUCAUUUGAAAGAUUGGCAGGAGAUGUCACUCAAAUUGAACAGACGUGUGGACGGGCUUGUCGUCAUCUUUGACAUGGACGGCGUGUCGAGUAAAAUGUUGUGGCGACCUGGCUUACAAAUGUACCUGCACCUAGUAAGAGUACUAGAAGACAACUACCCUGAGAUGCUCAAGCGAAUGUUCGUCAUUAACGCCCCUCGGAUUUUCCCGCUGCUGUAUAAAAUAUGCCGUCCUCUGAUCAGCCAAGACACAAAAGACAAAAUACACGUCCUGGGGUCGGACUAUGCAACAACUCUACUCAAAUACAUCGACGCUGAAGAGUUACCGGCCUUUUUGGGUGGCAAAAAAACGGAUCCAGACGGUAACCCAAGAUGCGCAACUCUUAUAUGCCAAGGGGGACAAGUCCCAGAAGAAUUUUACCUCAAGGAGACGGAGAGCUCCGAGCAGAUGGAGAACGUCACAGUGGCCAGGGGAGAGAAGUUCACCGUUGAUAUGGAGGUCACCAAGCCAGGAAGUGUUUUAAGAUGGGAGUUCAAGACGGACGGCUACGACAUCGGCUUCGGCGUGUUCCGUCAGGACGGGGACGAGAAGGUGGCGGUGGUGCCUGUUGAGAGGGUCAACAGUCACAUGGUUCCCGAGGACGGCAGCUACAGCUGUGACGUCACCGGAACAUAUACUGUAGUGUUUGACAACAGCUUCAGCUGGGCACGCGACAAGACCGUGCAGUACGUCCUUGAGAUCAUCCAACCAAUCGACAACAGCGUAGAGUCGGAGCUGAAGAACAUGGUGGACAACAUGGGCACGUGGGAGGACAUUCAGAAGGGAAGCAACGAGGAGAGCGUCCUCUCGACCAAGAUGUAACCAUGGCAACGGAUGCAAAUUUUAGUCUUGUGUUUGACUUUAAUUUUAAGUUAAAUAAUUUAUAGAAUUUUUGUUUUGAUAUCAAUUCAUAUAUGGGGUCGUCCUUAAAUGACGUUUAACUCCUUGUUAAGGAAGGUUGUGUGAUUUUGGACUUCUGUAAAGAUAUGUGACUACGAAAUCGGGUUUAAAAAGUGUGACGCUGCACUUAUUUUAUAAUUUAAGGGAAAAAAAAUCAGCGUUUAUGGACGAUCCCUUACUGUUUUGGUAAUAUUGAAUAUUGUUUCUUUAGUGUACCUAAAGUAUAAUAGACUUUAGUUGUUGUUUUUACUUUCUCGUAUAUACGUAGUAUAGAGAAAGUAUUGUAAUCGUGCAAAAAAAAAAAAUCGAGAUUUUUACAAAUCUCGACGUUUUACACCUCACUGAUACGGAAAAACAUAAUUUUGCAAUCUUGUCCGUAUGUCUGUGUGUGUGUGUGUCUGUCUGUCUGUCUGUCUGUCCGUGUGUAAACACGAUAACUUAAGUACCGUUACAGCUAGGUUGAUGAAAUUUCAUAUAUAAGUAUUUUAUCAAAAUCGUAGAUCCGUAUCAACUUUUGAGCGAUUUCCGAUAACCGGAAGUGGUACUUUUCCUACUUUGAAUUUUUUAAAAGCCUAUAACUUGAGUACUAUUUCAGAUAGAUAAAUGAAAUUUCACAUGUAAGUA